GGGAUUGGAUAGUGGACAAGCGUCCUUCACUUCUCGUUUCCGUAGGUUUUCUGUCAAGAGAUAGGAAGAAGAAAGAGAGGGGAAGCGUGAACCUGCAAAGGGAAACUCAGAGAAGGGUGAUCGAAAUCGAAUAGCUUGUGGUCUCCGGCUCCGAUUCGAUCCCUAUUUGCCAGGAAACCUAUGGUUUUUUUUUUUCAUCCUUUAUCUCCCGCUCUGAAUCAAGGCCUUCGAAUCUUGAGCUAGUACAUCGGGUCUCGGCUCUCCGUGAUGCUGAGAAGCGAAAUUAGGGUUUGUUGAACUGAAAUUGUAUUUAACUUGGACUUUGGAUUUGGAGAUGCGUAUCCUGGAGUUGGAAGAGGGAAGCGAGGCAGAGGAGCCGGUGUCGGGGUCGGUGGAUGAUGGCAGGAUCGGAGUGUUCAAUCCGAAGAGGGCGAUGGUAGGGGUCGGGGCGAGGUUUCUCUUCUAUCCCACGCUUCUUUAUAAUGUUCUGAGGAAUAAGAUCCAGGUGGAGUUCCGCUGGUGGGACGAGGUUGAUCAGUUUUUGCUGUUAGGUGCUGUUCCUUUCCCUGGAGAUGUUCCUCAUCUAAAGCAGCUCGGUGUGGGGGGAGUGGUCACUUUGAAUGAACCCUAUGAGACAUUAGUGCCUACAUCCCUUUUUCAUGCUUAUGGGAUUGAGCAUUUGGUGUUACCAACUAGAGAUUACUUAUUUGCUCCAGCUUUUGGGGAUAUAUGUCGGGCUGUAGAUUUCAUUCACAAGAAUGUAUCUUGUGGGAAAACUACUUAUGUUCACUGUAAAGCUGGGCGUGGACGCAGCACAACUAUUGUUCUCUGCUACCUGGUAAAAUACAAGCAAAUGACACCUAGUGCAGCAUUUGAGCAUGUCAGAAUUGUUAGGCCGAGAGUUCUCUUGGCUUCAUCACAGUGGCAGGCUGUACAAAAAUACUACCAUCUUGCGGUGGAGAAACAUAAUAAUUCCUACAAUAAUUUGGACAACUCUUUCCCAUCAUCAUUAAGCCUCAUUUCCACCUCCCCACACCAUCCAACUCUCGAAGACAGCUCCUUUGUAAUGAUAUCAAAAUCUGAUCUUGAUGGAUACGUUGGGAACAGCAGCCUAUGGGCAGAACUGAGCUUAGUUUACAGGAUGCAAUUUGCAAGUCAAGCAGCUAUUGCAAGGCUUUCAUGCCUCUGGCUCCGUUGUCAUGAUAAUAAGAAGCGGGGAGUCGAGAGCUGCUCUCUUGAGGCUGAUCAGAUGGGAAUGAUUGGGCUCCCCUGCCUGAUGAGUGGAGUGGUAGUGAAAUUGUGAACAGAGAGUAUUGCACAUUUUUAAGCACAUAUGUCUCUUUAUCUUUGCCUUCUUAUGUUUAGUCACCAAGUGUCAAUAAACGCCUCUUUUCUCUUUCAAACUUGCUGAUGCUGAGGCGUCUACCUGUAAGGCUUCGUUUGGAACGACUCUCUUACUGCUUCUUAAAGUAGCUUUCUAGUACAAAUUUUUUUAUUUUUAUACUAAAAAGCUGAUUUAAGAAGCAAUAAAAAAGUCGUCCCAAACGAACCCUAAGUCAUCUAUCAGCAAGUGAUGCUAAGGCCUCGUUUGGGAUGGCUUUCUUACUGCUUCUUAAAGCAGCUUUAUUGUAAAAAAAUUUAAUUUUUGUACUGAAAUGUUGCUUUAAGAAGCAGUAAAAAGGCCGUCCUAAAUGAAACCUAAGUCAAUUAGCAGGUCGGUUACUUGUAUCAAGUAUGUAUAUAAGGGGUAACAAUUCAAGGACCAUACGUUUUGAAUCUUUAAUAGCAGUUUUACUAGUCUGUCGUAAACCCGAUUUUUGUAUUUAUUAUUCUCUUUUGGAAGAAAUUGGGUCAGGAUAGUAUGGGCUUCAAAUGUUGGUACUAGUAUGGAAUACUAGUCUCAUACGAAGUGAAUAUAUAUGACAGGGAGUAUUAAAUA